AUGGAGAGAGGUCAUGACGAAUCUUCAUCAUCGUUGAACCGUGGAAAUUUUAUUGAAUUGGUGAAAGUUUUUGCAAAAAUGAAUGUAGAAAUUGGAGAAGUUGUAUUGGAUAAAGCUCCUCAAAAUGCUACAUAUACUAGUCCAAAUGUUCAGAAAGAAAUUUUGCACAUUAUGGCUAACAGAGUGCGACAGAUGAUUCGUGAUGAGCUUGGAGAAAAUUGCUUUUGUAUUCUUGUUGAUGAAGCACAAGAUGAAUCUAAAAGAGAACAAAUGGCCAUUAUCUUGCGAUUUGUGAACAAUGAUGGUGUUAUAAUAGAACGUUUCUUUGCAAUCAAAAGCGUUAGUGAUACUACAUCAUCAAAUCUAAAAAAUGAGAUAUGUGAUGUUCUUGUUCGUCACGACCUUCAGGUUAAAAAAAUUAGAGGGCAAGGAUAUGAUGGUGCUAGUAAUAUGCGUGGUACUUGGAACGGACUUCAAGCGUUAUUUCUUAAAGAAUGUCCAUAUGCUUACUAUAUCCACUGUUUUGCUCAUCGACUACAACUGACAUUGGUUUCUGCAGCCAAGGAUGUGAUUUGUAUUUGGAAAUUUUUUUCUCAUUUGGACAAUAUUGUUAAUAUUAUUACUUCUUCUCCUAAGCGCAUUAAUGCGCUACAAACUGCUCAAAGAAGGGAGUUUGAGGAUAUGUUGGCUAGUGGAGAACGACAAUCUCGAAGUGGGAUCAAUCAAAUUGGUAAUUUGCAAAAAUCAGGCUCUACUCGUUGGAGUUCACAUUAUGAAUCGGUAAAGAGUUUGAUAGAUAUGUACGCUGCAACUUGCAAGGUACUUGAGUAUCUUAUUGUUCAUUCUCCAAAUGGAAGAUCUCGUGCUGAGGUUCAUGGUGUUUAUGAAACCAUUAAAAGCUUUGAAUUUGUAUUCUCAUUACAUUUAAUGCAUAAAAUUUUGGGAUUCAGCGACAUACUUUGUCAAGCUCUUCAAAAAAAAUCUCAAGACAUCCCCACUGCUAUCAGAUUUGUCUCCACUACAAAAGGUCUCCUUCAAGAAUUUAGACAAGAUGGUUGGGAGGAAUUUCUUAAUGCGGUGAAAAUUUUCUGUUUAAGAAAUGAUGUUGAUAUACCCGACCUAAACUCGUUUUAUAAGAUUGGUCAUCCUCGUGAAGAAGUUACGCUUGAGCAUCAUUACCACUUUAAUGUUUUUAAUGAAGCCAUAGAUUUCCAACUGAUGGAGUUAAAUACAAGAUUUAAUGAACUAUCGGUGGAACUCCUUUCUCUCACUGUUGCUUUGGAUCCUCAAAAUUCUUUUGAAUCAUUCAAUGGGGACGAUAUUUGCAAGCUUGCAAAAAAGUUUUAUCCUUGUGAUUUUUCACAGCAAGAGCUUCAUUCUUUAAGGUUUGAGUUGAAACAUUAUGAGUAUGAUGUGAUUCGUGAUCCUCGAUUUCAAGUGUCUUCACUUUCUGAAUUAUGCAAGCUUUUGGUUGCAAGUAGAAGGUCAGAAAAUUGCAUUGUUCUCACUAAAUUGAUUCCUCUUGUUCUAACACUACCUGUAUCUACAACGACUACUGAACGAGCUUUUUCAGCAAUGAAACAUGUGAAAACAGCAAUUCGUAACAGAAUGGAGGAUGAGUUUCUUGCUGAUUGUGUGAUGCUCUACAUUGAACGAGAAUUUGCCAAGAAAAUAGAUAUAGAUUCUAUUAUAGACGAAUUUUAUGUAGUUAAAGCUCGACGGACUCAACUUCAGUAG